CUUAUCAGCUUUUGUAUCCAUAAAAUCAAUUAUCCAUUGAAAGUCCUGAGAAGUGAAAGCCAAAUCCCUCAUGAGGAAACCUAACAUCAUGGAGGAAAUGGAAAGUAUGUCAGAUCCAAACCCAUCACUGGAAAGUGAUGAACAAAACGAUUUCUUCCCAAGUAGUGAGUUUGAACUGGGACCAGAACUUGAUGGAAGAACACAUCUCAUUGACGAUUCUGGGCAUGUUUCCAAACUCGUUCAUCGGUUCUACUUUGUCAAGCAUUGGCCAACAGACCCCUAUUCAAUAUCUUUAAUAAAAAAGAAAGAGAGCGUGAUUGAGAAAAUGAAUCAGGAUAUUCGUGAAAUGAAUGAAAGGAUGGAAGAAAAAAUGUCAGAAAGGAACCAUAUAUGCUUUAGGUUGGAACACUUAAGACAUUGGCAAAGGGAAUGGAGAAACUGUAUGGACAGAAAAGGGAAGAUACUAAACCAGUUGCAUGUCGCUCUUGAUGAUUUGUGUUUUGUAAGCCACUCACCAACGACAACAUCUAACAAGACAUGCUUUAUGGGGGAGCUUGACAAUCAUAUGCUGAUUUCCUUGAUGCUACACGGGAACAAAAAUUUUGCGGAGGAAAAACAAAUUCUGAGGAAUGUAAACAUUCAAGAGAGAGAUGGUGCUUCAUUUAAGUCACUAGAAAUGCUUAAGGAAACUGUUAGAUGCAAUGAUUACUUGAAUAACUGGCAGAAGCUCCUGAGAGAAAUUGAACAAUUCGAAAUCCAAUGCCAAAGAGCUUCUGGUUCUGGUAAUGCUUAUGUGAAGGGAAAGAUUUCAAACUCUGAAUCCUUGAGAAAAACUAUAAAGGAUGAAAUUAAGCAUUUAUGUGAUGACUCUUCGGAAAACAAAAGAAAAAUGAUAGCACCUGGAAUCGAAGUUAUGCAUUCAGAAAAAGAAUUAGAGGCCAUAGACAGGCUAAUAAAUUCUCUGGAAACAAAGUUGACAGAGAGGCGCCAGAAAAAGGGUCAAGCAUAUCAAUCAAUUUCAAAAUUGAAAGAGUUUCAUGAUGGGGAGGUUAUCCACUAUUACCAGUAUAGUUCGCUCAUUAAUAAAGUCCAUCAGCUGGCUAAAGAGAAAGAUGUAGCAGCCCUUGAUGAAUUCUCACGUUCAGAGGUUAGAAAAUUUAUGUUGGAAUGGAACAGUAAUAAAGCUUUCCGAGAAGAUUAUGAGAAGAAAGUUGUGCAAUCACUCGAGAGACGACAACUAAGCAGCGAUGGGCGAAGGAGACAGGAUAAAAACAGUACAUAAUUCACAAUACAUUUGCAGUAAAAAAGAAGUCACCAUACAUUUCCUCUUAAAAAAAAACACCAUACAUUUAUUAUUGUCACACGUCA